AUGUUAUCACCAUUCUCAUCAACAAAUAACAACAAUGAUUCAAAUAUUAUUGAUUUAUUAUAUAAAUUGUGUAAAGACAAUGAAAUAGAAAAAGUUCGAAGUCUUUUACCAUUUAUUGGCAAUAUAAAUAUUAUAAAUAGAAUUGAAAAUUCAACUGGUUCAACAUGUUUACAUGUCGCAUGUUAUUAUGGUCAUCGAGAAAUGGUAGAAAUGUUAUUGGAAUAUGGAGCUGUACAUUCCAUAAGAAAUAUACGAUAUAAUUUAACACCUUAUGAAGAAGCUCAAACAGAUGAUAUAAAACAAUUAAUUUUAGAACAUCAAAAAUUAUUUUCAAAUAAUGAUUAUGAUUAUAUUGAAUGGUCAGUAGUAGGCGAUGAUCUUCUUGGAAAACGUCGUGAAUUUCGUGAAGCUAUUGAUGUAUACAAAACUUAUGAUAAUCAUCAUUUAAUAUCAAAAUUAUUAGCUGAAGUUAUUCAUUAUUAUUUAAAUGAAUAUUUAGUAAAUCAAAUUAAUGAUACUGGUAAUCCCGAAGAUCAAAUAACUCGUAAGCAAAUUGAAACUAUUGAAACAUAUUUUAAAGAAGCUAUAGAAAAACAAGAUUAUUUAACAUAUUUUAUUAAAGCUUAUACAUUAACAAAUUUUUUUUAUAAAGUAUUAAAUAAAAAUUUAGCUCUAUAUAUAUUAGAAUAUUUUGAUGAAACAAAAACAUUUUCAUCAAAUUAUCGUCUUGUAAAUUGUCUUGUUCACAUUGUUACACUCUUAAUUUAUCAUCCAAAUUUACCACAAUAUCAAUAUCAAGGUAUAUGCUAUCGUGGUAUGAGAAUAACACAAAAUGAUUUAGAUCAAUAUCAAUUAAAUCAACAUAUAUUAAAUCGUGCAUUUUUAUCAACAUCUACAGAUCGUCAAGUAGCUGCAAUGUUUGCUGGUGAAGGUCAACAAUCUAAAAUGAGAUAUACUACAAAAGAUCAUUGUGCAUUACAAUAUUCAUGUUUAUGUCAAUAUUUAAUAAAACAAAAUUCAACAGCUAUAAAUGUAGAAAGUUUAUCAACAAGACCCGAUGAAAAAGAAGUUUUAAUUAUUCCGUUUUCUGUUUUUAAAGUAAUAGAAGUAAAACGAAAUUAUCUUGAUGAUUCAACAGCAUCAAUUUCAAUUGAAAUUGAAUUAGAAGAAUGUGAAGAUGUAAUUGAUAAUAAUAAAGAAUUAGAAAGUGAUAAAACAUCGAGAUCAUCAUCAUUAUCAUCAUAUGGUAAUGAUAUCAAAGAUACCGAAGACUGGAAUGCACGUCCUUAUCUAAAUCGUGACAUUUUAACAACAUUCCCAGUCACACAUGUUGUUAUAAGACAGUUGACAAAUGUGAUAUCAGUUAUGAAUCAACACGACUGCAUUAAAGAAAUACGAAAUCUUCAAGAUUCUCAAAUGGAUAUAAGCGAUUGGCCUGAUAUUGGUUAUCAUUUUCUCAUAUGUAAUGACAAUGAUGAUCAACAACAAAUAUAUAGAGGUAUUGGUACUAUUGGCACUUAUACUAGUAUAAAAUCUCUGAACAUGUUUAAAUCAUUAAUUAAAUGUGGUAUUACAAAGAAAGCUAUUGUACCAAAUUUUACAUUGGUUGGACAUGAAUCGUCAAGAGGUAUUUACGAAUACUAUUUGGAAUACUUCAAAAACGAUCCCGAGCUUCAAUAUAGCAAUCAAGCUCAUGAAACACAGAUUUUUUGUCAAUAA